CUCUAGCCUCGUCUAAUCUAGAAGGCGCAUUCGCGGAGCGAACUGACGCAAAACCUUCCCCACUCCCCCUCGCGUCUCCCGGCGACCGGCGGCAGCGCCACCCUCCGUCGCCACCGGAUCGACGGUGCUCUCCAGCCAUGUCGAAGAAGAGGGGCCUUUCGUUGGAGGAGAAACGGGAGCAGAUGCUUCAAAUAUUCUACGACAGUCAAGACUUCUAUCUGCUAAAAGAGCUCGAGAAGAUGGGUCCUAAAAGGGGAGUGAUCAGCCAGUCCGUUAAGGAUGUUGUGCAAACCCUGGUGGAUGAUGAUCUUGUCUUGAGAGACAAAAUAGGGACUUCUGUGUACUUUUGGAGUCUUCCCAGCUGUGCUGGAAAUCAGCUGAGGACUACUUACAACAAGCUGGAGUCUGAUCUUUCAAACUCUAAAAAGCGUUACCUGGAGCUUGUUGAGCAGAGAGACAACUUGAAAACUGGCAGGGAGGACUCUGACGAGAGAGAAGAUGCUUUGCAGGAGCUGAAGGCUAUAGAGUUACGCCAUGAGAAGUUAAAGGAAGAACUGGCUGCUUAUGCUGAUAGUGAUCCAUCUGCGCUAGAGGCAAUGAAGGAUGCUACUGAGGUCUCCCAUUUAGCAGCCAACAGGUGGACAGAGAACAUCUUCACUUUGCAACAAUGGUGUUCAACUACAUUCCCUCAAGCAAAAGAACAACUCGAAAACAUGUACAGGGAGGCUGGCAUAACAGAAGACUUUGACUAUCUGCCGUAAUGCUGAACAUCCUGCCUGCCUGCCCUGUUACAGCCUUGUACCUAUUAAUGUCGACAAUAGGAACUCUCACUGUGAUAACACAAUGCUAGAAGAGGAAGGAACCCAUGAAUUUGGCACAUGCAUGUAAGAGAUUGACCGUCAAGCUUCCAAAUAGGAAAACGGAAGGAUGUGAAAUAAGAAGCUAGAACAUGCAACUAACAAUACCUAGAGAAGGUAGUCGUGGUUCUCCUUUGCUAUAUGGAUGUUUGCCAGAUAGAAAUUGGCAUUCUCUUUCAAUAUCCUUUCACACCCUCGCCCCAAGAGUCCAUAUUUUUGUCUUUUGCAUUGGUGUCAUGUGUGCUCGUUUCAUUUUCUAAUGCAACUCGAUCAUCCAUUAGGUACAAAAUAUGUACUUGCUUUCUUUGCAAAAAUAUCUGCUAGAAAAAAUUAUGUGGUUGCGACCAUUGGGC